AUGUCUUCAAUAACAUCUUCGUCGUCUUCAUCAUCAAUAAAUGAAAUUUCAUCAGAAAAUAACUUAGAAAAUUCAAAUAAUAAUAAUAAAGAAGAUGAAAUAAUAGAGUCUAAAGACAAAAAUGAAUCUAAAGAUACAAAUAAUAUAGAAAGUAUAAAUAAAUCUAAAGAUACAAAUAAUAUAGAAGAUAAUGAAAAUGCAGAAGAAGAGGACGAAGGAAAAUUAAAAUUACAAACUAAAAGAGAAAAUGAAAUUAAUUUAAAUGAACAAUUAAAUAAUUCACCAUCUUCACCUUCAAGUUCAAAUUCAUCAAAUUCAUCAAAUUCACUUUCACCGUCUCCUUCAUCUUCAAAUUCGUCAAUAUCACCAUCACCAAAUGAAGAAUUAACACCAGAUGAAAAACGUCAAAGAGCUGCUGCUGAUCAUGGAUUAAUAUCAGACAUUGAAUCAGAUUGUUCGAUAGAUUUGGAUGAAUUGAUUGCUCAAACAAGUGAUUUAGAUGCGGGUGGCGGUGUUAAUCUAGGCGAUGACGUUGACGAUUUAUGUGACGAUAGUGAAGAUUUUUGGAAAAUCGAUCCAUCCGAGCUUGCUAGACAUCUAACACCAUCAACUACACCUUUACGUGGCCCAUCGCCGAACUUUAAUUCAGCCAGGCCUGUUAGUAUUAUAGCUGAGGAAGAAGAAAGUCUAAGUGAUACUCCACUUGAAAUUGAUAAUCAAGAAGCCGAUGACCUUUGGAAAACUUCAAAUAACGAAGAUAAUAUAUUUGAUAUUUAUUGUGGUAAAUCAGGAAUCCCAGCUGGAAUGUCAAAAUCUGCAUUUUUUGGUCAUUUCGGCAUAUCUCCAUUAACUCCAUUAUCACCUACAUCAUCACAAGCCUCAUCGACAGCAGAUCCGGAUGAAUUAUUUGAAACAAUGUCAAAUGGAUCUACUAGAUCGGCAGCAAGCACUAGUUCAAGAGGCACAAUAACUGGAAGUGGAACAAGGAAACCAUCAAAUACUUUGGGAAUAAGAGCACCGAGUAGAAUUGAUCAUUAA